ACGUUAUGGGUUAUGGGAGACACGUGGCAUUGUGUUUCUCUUCAUGGCGUUCUCUGCUACUCUAUCCUACACCUCCUUCCCUUGCCUUCCUCGUUUCCCGCAAACUUUGAGAACAAAAAGUGUUCAUUUCCCUCUGAUUCGUGCAGUGCAAGGUGGUCAAGCAGAGACACCCGAGAGCAAGAAGAGUGAAGGGUCAUCUAAUGCUCAGUCUUCAAGUGCUGCUGCUCCUAAACCCAAGAAACCCGUCUAUUCCUUGAAGAAAGGUCAGAUUGUGAGGGUGGACAAGGAGAAAUAUCUCAAUAGCGUCAAUUAUCUUUCUGUUGGGCACCCACCUUAUUACAAAGGAUUAGAUUACAUUUAUGAGGACCGUGGUGAGGUCCUGGAUAUGCGUAUAUUUGAAACGGGAGAAUAUGCACUUAUUGCGUGGGUAGGGGUCCCCACUGCUCCAGCAUGGCUUCCUACGGACAUGCUUAUCAAGUCAGAGAAACUCAAUUAUGAGAGGUUAUGACCUACAGUUUGGGCACAGAACUAUGCUAAAUAGAUAAAUGAUACUUCGUUUUUCUGAUGAUGUAAGAGAGUAUAAUUCAAGAAGCACGGUUUGAAACAUCAUCUUGGACUCUACUCUGUCUUUAGUGCAGUGUACUUCAAAGCUUUUUGUGAUGUGUAUUUGUGCUACUCUAUUCUUAACAUUUAAUACAUAUAAAUGGUCUUUUGAUUUGGGAAAACAUAAUUUGCUUUUA